GACACCUCUCUCAUGGAAGAGGGCAACUGGAAGAGGUGUUCCAGAAAGAGAGUCUCCUCCUCUUCUUCUUCUUCUUCUUCUUCGUGCUCUCCCAUCAAUAAUCUCGAUGAUGGUUGUCUUAUGCAUAUAUUCAGCUUCCUUCCCCCAAUUCCUGAUCGCUUUAAUACCGCCCUCGUUUGCCACAGAUGGAAUUACUUGGCAUGUCACCCUCGCCUGUGGCUCAGAGUAGAUCGAUCGGUCAAAGACUUAUCCGAACCUGGUGUUUUCCCCAGCAUUGAAACUGCUGUCGCUGCUUCAAGACCAGGUGACACCAUUUUAAUAGCAGCUGGUGGAGUUCACUGCGUCUCUAACAUUCAAAUAAAGAAACCAAUUUGCUUGGUUGGUGCAGGUGAGCUUCCAGAUGACACGACACUCACAUGUUCUCGAGGCGCAGACAGUGCGUUGGAGUUCCUUUCCACCUGUAAAUUGGCAAACUUAACUGUGAAGGCAGAGCUUGGCUGUUGCUUGCUACACAGAAAGGGAAGGCUAACCAUAGAUGGAUGCAUACUUCAAUGUGAAACCAAUCCUCUGGACUAUCUCUCCUGUCCCAUUGUGAGUACAGCCAAUAGCACCGAGGUUCUUCCCUUACAGGAAAAGAGUAAUGGUGACGGUGUAUUUGUUUCUCAAACUCGCAUUGAAGGGGGUGCCAAAGCCGUAUUGACAAGUGGCGAUCUGUCCUUGCAACGAGUAAGAGUGAUAUAUGCCAGAACUUCACUUCUUUUCUGGUUUGAUGUGGAGCAGAUGUGAUCAAAUUGGUCAUGCCAGCAACCCUUUGUGAUGUCAUUUGUUGAUUUGCUUUCUUAGAGUUAUUUGUAAUUUUGUUUUUGAUAAGAUAAUGGCAUGCAGGAUUCUUUUACAUGUGACUCUGUACUUAUUGUGUACUAUUUAAAUAUGCAAGACAUGUAACAUUAUUCAGUGUAGUAUGAUGUUUGUAAUGAAUUUCCUAAAUUUUAGUCAUUUAAA